UGUUGUGUGACCAGCUGUUUUCAAGGGGGAAACAAAGUCUCUUUGAGAGCAAUUGUUUCGUAAUAAUAAAUACCAUUCUUUGGGAAAAUAAAUUGAAGGCGUUUCUUUUAAGACACGGGACGAACCAAAGAAUGCCCGGCUUGGCGAAGCGGUGAAUAGUUCUUGACACGUUUGCAGUUCUGCCUUAGAGGCAAUCAAACCAUCGAGUCUGAAGAGAGAGUGAGGUCCUUUAUAAUCGAGACUAGUUGUAUUCUUUGUGAAAUACCAUCUGCAUGCUUCUUUGACGAAGCUUGUGAACUGUAUUCCCACUAAUUGGACACCAGAUAGUUCCUGCGGUUGGCUGGCGGCAGCCAGAAUGAACGUGGGCACAGCGCACAGCGAGGUGAACCCUAACACCCGGGUCAUGAACAGCCGUGGAAUAUGGCUCUCCUACGUCCUUGGCAUCGGUCUGUUACACGUCAUCCUUCUCAGCAUCCCUUUCGCCAGCGUGCCUGUGGUGUGGACCCUCACCAACCUUAUCCACAACAUGUGCAUGUACAUUUUCCUCCACACGGUGAAGGGCACUCCAUUCGAGACGCCGGACCAGGGCAAAGCCAGGCUUCUGACGCACUGGGAGCAGAUGGACUACGGAGUACAGUUCACCGCCUCACGCAAGUUUCUUACCAUCACCCCCAUAAUCCUAUACUUCCUCACCAGCUUCUACACAAAGUACGACAGGGUUCAUUUUGUGAUCAACACCGUGUCUCUGCUCACGGUCCUCAUUCCCAAACUGCCUCAGCUCCAUGGCGUUCGCAUCUUUGGCAUCAAUAAGUACUGACGGGCCAGGACUAUGUGCGGUCCUGUUCUUCACGCCCAUUGGCUGAACGUCAACCCUGCCUCUGGCCCUCGGCCAAUAAGGAUCCACGGCACAGAGUGUCUUGACAGAAGAAGCCCCAGGCGUCCGGGGGACAGGGUGGCGUGAGACGCAACAGAGGCCUGGUCCUUCCUCCUGUCUGCCUGUUUGCUUACCGCUGGACUUUACUUCUCUCCGUUUUAUCCCUGACUCUCGGCUCUGAAAGACCUCGCGGGUGACGUCACCGCGCUGCAGAGCGGCGCCUCUGGAGACGUUACGCGCAGUUCUUGCUGUGUAAAGAAAAAAGGACCUGAGGAAGACUGGAGCGCUCUGGAUGAGGUUCAGUGAUUUAAGUGAUGUGGGCGAUAAGACAAAGCCUAAUGAAAGGAUUGGUAAUGGCGUGAAGCAGAACUGAUGCCAAGGCUAUGACUAGUAUUAAAUGUGUUUGAUCAUCUCAGCUCUGUGCCCAGACCUGACUGGAUUCCUCCUCCUUCUGUGUGUCCACAUGUUGGGGAAAAAAAACUAAACAAACAGGGGAAUGGUAGAGGAGAGAAGUGUUUAUAGCUUAAGAAACUAAUAGUUUAAGUAGCUGGAAGUGUAGCAAGGUUCAUUCCUGCUGGUUGAUGAUGUCUGGAUGUGGCAAAGCCUUGCUCUGAUGCAUUGUGUUCAGACAGACCAGUGAGAUUAGUCAGAUUAAACACAGCUGCUUCUGAACCCAUUACUUCUACACUGAAAGACUUAAAGUGGAAUUAGAUCCUUUAUGUAUCAGCACUCAGGACUGAAUCCGUAUUUUAAAUGUGUAAACUGAUGUGCUGACAGACUGAAUCCGUAUUUUAAAUGUGUAAACUGAUGUGCUGACAGACUGAAUCCGUAUUUUAAAUGUGUAAACUGAUGCAAGCUGUUGACUGUAGAUUUGAAUUAGCAGGUAAGCUUAUCUUUAAAUGAGUAGAGCAGAUGUGGUUUGAUUGACUGAAAGACUGUGGUAGAUCAUGGUAGAAUUGUAAAGUGUGUUGCAUGUGCUUAACAGAGUGAAGUGAAGGCAGAAGUGUGAGGGUGUUAGUAGAGUGUGUUGUAGGGACAGGACCACAGAACAGACUGACCUUCAGACUACAGCGUCUUCAGUUGGACUUUGGGAGGUUUAUUUGUCCUGGACACCUCACACAGCCUCUCUCUGUGCCUGUCCCUGGUCAGUGUAUUGGUGAACUAUGGACUCGGUUGCUGCACUGUUGCAUUUCCGUAGAAUAUACACAUUUGUAAAUGCUUUAUACAGUCCAAUCUGCAUUUCAUUAAUAUAUUUUUUUGGAGGGGGGGCAUUCUCUCACAUUUGGAUGAAUGAAGUAGCUUAAUGUAGCAACACAGGGCCUGUACGUAGUCUGUGUUUGAUGUCUCAUACUGUGACUACAUUCUCCUUUGGCCGUAUUUCAGUCGUAAACAGAGUUUUACAGAUUUACAGGUUAGUUUGAACAGAGGCUCUGCUAUCCGUAUGCUCUGCUUUAAACGAAACGUCUGAUCUCUGAGCUGUCACUCAACCCGUGGAUGACGUCAUAACGAAACCUCCGGUUACCAUGGCCACCGAGGCCAGGCCACCCCAAGGGCUUUGACAGAGAGUGGAAGAGCACUUACAGUCCCUCACGGGUUUUGUCUGCUCAUCUCAAAGAAAAUCAAAAAGCACGACAUGACUCGCGCUGUGGAAAGUCCCUGUCUGACACAACAGGAUCAUGGACUGAACAUGACUGUUAUGAUGAUUGUGGGAAUGUGUCAGAGAGAAAUGAGGUAAAAUGUGUAGAUUUGUAUCCAUGACUUCAGUGUGUGAGGCCUUGAGCACAGGACGAGAGUCGUCCUCUGAGGAAUUGUAAAGUUACGCAACAGUAUAUAAGGAAUCUGUUUCCAUACAAUGUUCAAGUGUGUGUGUGUGUGUGUGUGUGUGUGUGUGCAUUUUUAAAUGUAUAGCGAUGCCUGCUUUUUUUUAUGGCAAUUGUUUGCAUGUCUUCUGAUUUGUUCACUUUGUUGUUUGUUUGUGCAUUGUUGUUGAUAGUGUUAACACGCUGCAGACCAUGAAACAGUUUUGGUUUGCUGAGCGCAGGGUUCAGGAAGCGCCGAUCGGAAACAGAGAUGUUGUAAUAGAGCAGA